GAGGCAAACACAGAUGCUCACCGGUCGAACAGAGAGAGGCAGCCAGCCAACGAGCGACAAAGUCCCCUGUCACGGUACACUCGUGCACGACGGAGAAGGGUAUACCUGGUUACCCCCACUACCGGGGGUGAAAACUACCCCGAGAGCGCGUGGGGUGUCCGGCCUCGGCGCCGAGGCGAACCGAGCGCGUCCGAAGUGAGCGCAGUGCCCGACACACCAGGUCCCGCACGGCACGACUAGGCGCACCGUCCGGCACAGUCCACUCAGAGAUACGACCCAUGCUGGACCAUCGUCGCUCUGGUCCACGCCGGCAGCAGGCAUCCAGCAUCCGCGCGUCAGGCCGCACGAGACAGGAGGUCGUCGAACAGGACGACCGGGACACCGUUUCUCGUGGUCCUGGGAGCAACCAGUCGUUCGCGGCGGCAAGAACGAGGGACCAACGUCGUCAUCGUCGUCGCGGUCGGUGUACAGUGUACACAAUUGGCCGAGCGGAGAUGCGUGACGGACGAGGAUAGUUCGGUAGCUAAGUGUGGCGCGCGCUUUCGAUUCGUCCGCGAACAGAGAGACCGAUCGGAGAGGACGGUGUUGUGUUGUAUGUGUGUGUGUAUGUGUUACCACGGCAGCGUGUUACGACAGAGUCACAGUCGGAGUUCCAACAGCGGACAGUCGGCCGUGUCGACGACAGGACAUAGUUUGUUUGCCUUAUACGCAAGAGGGGAAGAUCCGUGAAACGAUCGACGCGCGACGGCCACCGAGUGAUCGACGAAAGGGAAAUAUCGUUGGAAGGUGAUGAGGGAAAAACUCUGAUAGAUAUCGUCGUUGGUGCUAACUAGUUGGAAUCUGGUUGCGAUCGUAGGCCGGCGGCCGGUGAAAGAGGAACACAGGCUGUCGCACCUGUGCGCGCGGACCGCCUCGGUCAUUUUUCCCUCUGCCCUCGUGCCGAUCGCGUACACCACUUCGUCCGGUGUCGUGUCGUCGUAUGUGCGCCGCGACGCCGAGUGCCGUCUCGUCUGGCUGUCGCGAACGCGCCGACCAGUACGCCAGCCGAGGAACAUGAGGACGAACAUUAGUUGACGAAGACGCGCGUGUCCGGCCGAUUGUCAGUUUCGCGGUCCCAGUCUCGGCCAGGUGCCGAUCGAGGAACGAAUGAUACCGGUGUUAACCAAAGGGGGUUGAGUUUUAUCCGUGAAACGAGAAACGAGUAAGCCGAAAGGCAGUGAAAACAGUUGUUCGAGGUGGAAACAGGUGAAACGUCGGAUGGACUCGUUUGAGAGCAACAACAGCGAGGGGCGGAAGUGAGGGGGAGGAGGGCAGAAGCGUGACGAUCGUCUACCGAGCUUUCCCGGCCGAAGGAACUGUUUUCCUUCCAACGUGGUCGUCGCCUCCCCCUUUUCUUCUCGCCUCCCCUGUAAAAGAAAAAAGAAACAAAAAGUUCGCGCGAAAACUCGUCAGGAAGAGGAAAAUCAUUCGACAACCGCUCGCUUCCGUCCUGGACGACGUUCGAGGGAAAGAUCGCGUACGUCGAGCAUAGAUCGUGCGACGAAACACGAGGAAGAUCGAGAACGUCACCAUGAGGAUCAAAAUGCCCGCGGUCAGGAUCGCGCAAGCGGAAACCUCGCAAGGCACCACAUCACCAGACACCGUCCAAUGCGGGGGUUGCAGGGUGUCCUACCCCCUUGGCGAGAUCGUACGGUUCAUCGAGCAUAAGGUCAACCACUGUCGAAGUACUCUUCAGGGUUGCCACAGUCCACCGGCAACAGCGGCACCGGAAGAUUCUGACCCAGAAGACGCGCUCGCUUUGAAGACCGUCGAUCAGGACUCGAAGCUGAACUCGGUGCCCAGCAUCUCGGCGCCCAUCAACAAGAGGGGCGGAGGCAGGUUAGAAAGCCCUCCGACGCCUCAGGGAUCGGGACCGGAUACCGGAAGCCCGAUCGAGCUAAAGGCUAGCGCCAGCUCGACACCCAAGCGACGAACCGAACCUUCCGACGAGGAUAAAGAAGAUCUUCCGAAGAAGCCAAAGACCGAGUCUGUCGAUGCUGACACGAAUACUGUCAAUUCUGAACCAAGAUGGCUGCAGUGUUCGCAAUGUUCCAGAAGGUUAUCCUCCGCCUGGGAGCUGCUGCAGCACGUGCAGAGCGUCCACGGCGCCAGACUAUACACCUCCCCAUCGUCACUGACGAACUCUUCGUCAAACACGCCAGCACCGAGUCCACCAACGCCGACCCCAACCCAUACUCAUCACCUAAGUCCGCCGAAUCACUUGAAUCUCAGCAGUAAAUCUACCGGGAGUUCAUCGGCGGCCAACUCGUCCGGUGGUACCAACUCGAGUGGCAGCAGCGGUGGACGACAACAGCUUCAAUCGUCCGCCUCGCUGGUCGGUGAUCCGCUCCACAGUUUUCUAAGGCUACCUCAACACCUGGAACGAAGUUUCCCGCCGAUGUUCAGGCCGGACUUCCUAGCCCUGAAUCCGCUGGCCGGGUACAGAGGCCUUCAGGAGCUGCAGACCGCGACCAGGAACAUCCAGAACCUGGGCGAUCCUCUUCGAGGCAUGGACGGUCUGAAUCUCGGGGAUCCUUUGGUGCGUAGCUCUUUGGACUCCCUGAACAACGCCCGUAACCUGGCAAACCUGGCCGAACUGUCGCACGGCCGUGCCCUUGCCAGUCAGGCGCAUCCUCCACCACUCGAGGCCAACCUGGAUUUUUACUCGGCGCGCCUAAGGAGCCUCGCUAAUCCGUCCUUAGGCGCGGCUCCUCCAAGUAGCGGGAAUACCACGACGAAUUCGAAUCCCCCUGCCCCGGUACCGCCUGUACCAGUGCCAAGUACCGUCCAGCAGCAACAGCAAUCGCAACAGCAGCAACCACCAGUCCAGAACCACGUUCAACCAGUGCAACCACCCAGCCCAGCCGCGAACAAUCCGACGAUUCUAACGCACAACAAUCAUCAGAAAGAGAAUUCGCCGCCCUGCUACAGUCAGAGCCCGGUCGGUCAUCACAACAACAACAACUCGACCGACAGCGAAAAGACUAGUCCACCGGUGGCGUCGACGCCCAUCAUAGCCGACUCCGCGUCGGAGACCAUCUACUCGUGCGAGGUGUGCGACAAGAAGUUUCGCUUCCAGUCGAACCUGAUCGUACACCGGAGAAGCCAUCGGGACAAGGAAAGGCAGUAUCAACAGGAGAACACGCAGGACGGUCAGACGACCCUGACCAGGUGCGAGGUGUGCGAAAUGGAGGUGACUAAUUUCGCGGAGUUGAGGAAACACAUGAGGAAGGAACACCAGGAGAAUCUGAACGCGGCCGCCAGUCCACAGGGUAGCGUCGAAACCGUCCCGGAUGACGGUUCCAGCUGCGACGAAAACAUGGACCUCGACGAGGCGGAUGAGAACGAACAGAAGGCCGAACGAGAGGACACCGAGGAGAACACUCCGGAAGAUCUAAGUACAACUCAAGGUCAAAGCGGGGAGGAGAGUAGCGGUCGGGUGGAACAGAAGCCGGCCAGUCUGGUCGGUGACCUGAUGGAAAAAUUUGGAUUGAGCAACAUAGCUCAGUACUCGGAGGCUUACAGGCAGGCUCUGCAAGAGAACCAUCGAGGCGGUUUCAUCAAGACCGAACCACCGUCCAACUUAACCAAUUCUCUGAACAAUAACAAAGAGAAGGACAGCGCUCUGUCGCCCACCAACUUCAAUUCCUCGACCACCCCCAACAUAUUCUCCGGUCAGGGUUUUCCCAGGUCCACGGGGCCAGACUUCGGUGGUCUGUGGCUACCAAAUCCCCAUUACCUAGAGAACAACGAAUUCCGCAAAGCAUCGAAGGCCACCACCUCCAGUCUGGCUCUACAAGGCCUGCCCAGUCCUCUACUGAAGAAGGAACGAAGCGGUAGGAACGACACGUGCGAAUAUUGUGGCAAAGUGUUCAAGAACUGUUCCAACCUGACGGUCCAUAGGCGGUCGCACACCGGUGAGAAGCCGUACAAGUGCGAGUUGUGUUCUUACGCGUGUGCGCAGAGUUCGAAGCUGACGAGGCACAUGAAGACUCACGGUCGACACGGCAAGGACACUUACAAGUGUCGUUUCUGCGAGAUGCCGUUCUCGGUGCCCAGCACGCUGGAGAAGCACAUGAGGAAAUGCGUGGUGGUCGUGCAGCAGGGUCCUAAGUUAGGCAUGCCGUAUCCUGGUAGCCAGGACGAGGACUCAUCGUUGAGUACCAAGGAUACUUGAUCUUGGAACGGAAGCCUACCGCCGAUCCCGCCACUGUGGCCGCACAGGCCACCCUACCCGGUAUACUGAAGAGGGGAUCUUCUUCGGGAGAUAAGCAGAGGCAGAGUUAAGCGAAAGGCGAAUCCUAAUCUAACUAGAGUCCAAGAUCGGAUCGAUCUUAACCGUGCGACGUGUCGUCGCCCAAUGGCGAUCUACUCUGGAGGAUCUCCCUAAAUCGUCCAAGGUCGCCCUCUCAGGAUUAGGAGAGAGGUGGUAGGUCGGUGAAGGAAUCGCUAACCGAUCGAAAGACCUGGAAACGGUCCCAACAGGAGUAUAAACACGAACAACGAUGAAAUGGACCUCGUAGUGAAUGCUGAAUGAAAGCAACGAGAGUCCUGUCGGUAAGGAAGAGCGAACCGAAGGAGGAGGGUUCGAUGAAGAUGAAGAUGAAGAGGAAACGAGCAGUCACGAAGGGCUGCUGCUCAGUUUUAAUUCAACUAGAGAAACGAACGAAUGGUUACCACUUUGCGAGUCUCAGCACAGCUAUUUAAACUAUAAUCCUUAUAAAUAGUUAUAAAUAAAGACGCUAUAAAUACUGAAUAUACAUAUAUGUAUACAAGAUAAAGAGUAUAAAUAUAUAUAUAUAUAUAAAUAUGAAUAUAAAUAUAAAAUACAGAUGAGAAUUAUACAGAAUAUAAAUAUUAUAUAUAUAUAUAUACAUAUAUAUAUAUAUAGGAUAAUGAACAUAGUGACUUUAUUAUCGCAUCUGAAGAUUAUUUAUUUAAUAACUAUAGAUGUAUUACACAUACUGUAUAACGUAAUAUAUGUAUAUAUGUGUAUGUAUGAAACGUGUUCGUGAACAUAUAUAUGUACAUUACGUUAUAUGAUAUGAAACACCUGCAACCACUCUGUACGUAAUUUAAUAACGAAAACAGGAAACGAAGGCGAAAUCCUUUUUGUACGUUAUCCCGAGAUGCCGCACUGCGACGAUCGAUGAAGAUGUCUUUUUUUUUGUAUUUAAAAAACGAAGAAGGAUGAAAAACAAAAACGGAUUUUUCUUUCACGAUGGAAAAGAAUAACAGCGGCUUCGACAUCCUGUGUGUACAUAUGCGAAUAUCGAUACUCGAAAUCACCCCGAACCCCGUCGUUAUCGAUAAUAGUACUCGAUGUACUUUGAUGUGUACAGCGAACGGCCAAAAAAAAUGGCCCUGCGUCUUUAGAUUAAGCUCUAGCUCGAUCCUAUAUAAAAGAAAAGAAUGUAUAAUAGUACAUUUAUUAUUCUCUUUAUUACCUAUUAUCUAUUACCAUUUCUAUUAUUGCUUAUUAUUAUUAUUGUCAUUAUUAUUGACUUUAUUAUUAUUACUAUUAUUAUUAUUCAUUGUCAUUAUUAUCAGCGCGAUUGCAGCGACUGCAACCGCCGUCUUCAUUAUUUUAUCCCACUAUUAUUAAAUUAUUAAUCGAGAUGUUUUAAACGGUUAAGAAGAUGCCAAAGUUGUUUAGGUUUAUCGGUGGACGCGGAAUCGUGGCGCGUUCGCGCGACUUUCGAGUGUUCCUCCGGUUCUUCGAAGCUUUUGAACCCGUUUUUCUAAUGGCGUGUUUUCAACGAAACUCGACCAUGGAAACGGUGUCAAAAGCGAAUUUCGAGAAGCUAGAAAUCUCUAAGUUUGAUUCGAGCUCGCGUAAUGUUGACGAUCACCGGGACGCGCGAGCGGGCACGAUGGCGCCCCGACGCUAUUAUCAUAGCGAGUUUGUUCGUUGAUUAUAUGUAUUUAUUGUCUUUGCUGCCGAGCGGACCGCGAACGGAUUUCGCAGGAUCGAGACGCAUGGAUCCGUUGAUGCUGCGAAAAUCGUCGCGUCUACCAACGAGGCGCAUGGUUGAUCAAUUAUUAUUAUUUUCUUUCUUUCCAUUCUAGAAAGCCGAAGAGACUGAGGUAUAUUUUGUAUUAGCGAGCGAUAUUCCCUUAUUUUUAUUUUGAGUUCCAUUAAAGAAGAAAAAAAUUUCUGUUUUCUCUUUCUCUAUAAUUAUUUUUCGUUUCCAUUUACUUUAUUUUCCUAAACGCCUCGUUGUAAACGUUUUCGAAGGGGACUGUUCCUAAACAAAAAAAAAAAACUUUUGAUGAUCUAGGCAAUAAGAUUUACGGAGUAAUUCGAGCGAUGUGUGUCUGUGUUCCUCGACAAUUUUUUCGUUAAAGCCGUGUGUGUGUGCGUGUGUGAGACGAAUAAACGAGAGUUUAAUGAUUUUUCCCGGUGCGAUGGAAGGAUGUGUCUGUGAGAGAGAAGAGAAAUGAAAAACUCAUAUCAAGAUAGUUGUCUCGGUGUUAGACGUGUACGGCUCUAGAUAAAGGAAAAAAAAAUUAACACUGAAAUCUCGUUAUCUAGUUAAUGAAAAAAAAAAAAGUUUGUUAGAUUGAUUCUGAAAUACGUACAUGGCCAGGCUCCGUUUAUACGAUAUUAUUGUAAAUAAUGGCACUGCCCGUAGCAAAAGGUGAAAAGAAGAGCGGAGAUGAAAUACAGGGAGGUGGAGGACCGGGCGGAGAAUAAGGCAGACGAAUGUCGUCACCAUUCGAACGAGAAAUAAAAAAUAAAUCAUACUACAAAUCGUAUCCGAUCAUUUUUCAUGCGUACGUCGUUUUAUCGUGAUCAAGUAAAUUUCUCCAUUUUGCCGGAAAUGUACACGGCAGGAUGGAUCCUUCAUUCUUCCGGUUCAGUCCAUGGAUAAUUAUAAUAAAAAUAAAACACUGAGGGAAAGAGAGCUACGAAACGCACGCUUUGGUUCCAAAAAGUAUCUCUCGUCUUUCUUAUUCGAACUCAUCCCACACACAGUGCCGGAUUAAGGGGAGGUUUAACGGGGGCUAUAACCCAGGGCCCCACUCUACAAGGACCUUGUCGUAAGCCUUCCAUUUGAUGUACCAAAAAAUGUUGAAUGAAAUUUUGUUUACUAUUGCUCUUUUACUUUACCAUUAAAUGUUAUUUAAUUUUAUUUAAAAUAAAUUUCAAUUUUCGAACCAAGGAAGGUCCUCGAAGGUUUGAUAGCCCCGGACCCCAGGAACCUUAAUCCGGACCUGCCCACACAGGACCAAGUUCCCUGCCUCACGAAUAAAAUAUUUAAAAAGAACAAAAAAAUAGAAAACACUCGAUCACACACGCAAAUCGCGACGGGCGAUCGAGCCGAAAAGACACGAGGGAAAUCUGUUUGGAAAAUUCGAUGAGAAAAUGGAAAUGAUAAAAUAAAAAUUUGACUCGAUUCGUUUCGUGUCUUUUCGGCCGAUUUCUAACGUUUCUUACACAGGGUAAACCGCGUUAAAUGGUAAAAGAUAAUCCCAGAGAAAAAAAAAAAACUAAAAAAAUGAGAGACAAGUGUGUCGGAAGUAUAGCGAAUUGAAGUAAUCUAGACAGUUAAAUAAAUAAAGAAGAAGAAAUAAUACGAAGUAUUUCCUAUAAUAUAUAGUAAGCGACAGGGAGUGAGAACCACGCAAGAUGAGAGAGAAAGUGAGGGCCGAACGAAAGGUGUCGGUAGCAGGUAAAAUUGGAUUUUUAGCGAAACAAAAUCUUCUGAUCCAGGGUAAAAUAAAUCCGAAGCUCGGUUUCUAGAGACGGUAUCUCUUGCUGGGUUUCGAUCUAGCUCCUGGUUUGGAGCAAUUUUAAGAAAGAAAAAAAAUAACGCAAACCGAAGAUCGACAUUAAGGCAAUACGAAAAAUAAAAAA